AUGGCGUCACAACCACCCGCCGCAACAGCUACCCCUACCCCGCUGCCCAAGCUCGAGAUACUCGACCUCAGCUCCGGCUCGCAACAGCAGAAGCACAUCUUCGCCACGCCCUCGAAGCGCAUCCACGAGGGGCCCGACGUGUCGAGAUUCCUCACAUCCCUCGCCUACCGCGACAUUGGCAUCUUCGUCCUACAGCUCAACCACGCGCUGGUGCCCCGCCACAGCAGCGACCCCUCCUCGUCAGCCGUACCCCGCGUCUUCAGCCUCGCGUCCCACUCCGGCAAGCUCUCGGACACGCCGUCCAUCCGUGCCCUGCAGCAGCUCCUCUCCUCUGUGGAGAGUUACAUCUCCGAGGCGCCGCCGGACCCCGGACCCCGCAGGUUUGGAAAUGCCAGCUUCCGCACGUGGUUUGGGCUCGUGGAGGAGCGCGCCGGGAGACUGCUGAGCGAGGGGCCCCUGAAGGAGGUGCUGAGCGCAGAGGGGGCCAGAGAAGAGGUUGAAAGCUACUUCAAGGGCUCCUGGGGGAGCUCCCAGCGGUUGGACUACGGGACGGGUCAUGAGCUCAGCUUCCUGGCCUUCCUGGGCUGUCUCUGGAAGCUGGGGUACUUCAAGGAUGGGGCGCAAGAUGGGGAGAUCGAACGGGAAAUUGUCCUUGGCGUCAUUGAACGGUACCUGGCCAUCGCGAGAAAGCUCAUCCUCACAUAUACCCUCGAACCGGCAGGCUCGCACGGCGUAUGGGGCCUAGACGACCACUCCUUCCUCCCCUACAUAUUCGGCUCGGCGCAGCUGGCGCGACCCAUCGACGCCGCGGGCAGCGAGCCUACCCCCAUCGACGGUUCCGUGCGCGGCGCCCCCCGCCCUUCGUCGGUUACCAACCCCACGGCUGUCGACGACUACCGCGGCAGCAACAUGUACUUCUCGGCCAUCGGCUUCAUCAACGACGUCAAGAAGGGCCCCUUCUGGGAGCACUCGCCCAUCCUCUUCGACAUCUCGGGCAUUCGCGACGGCUGGGGCAAGAUCAACAAGGGCAUGGUCAAGAUGUUCAAUGCAGAGGUGCUCUCCAAGUUCCCCGUCGUACAGCAUUUCCCUUUUGGCUCCCUGUUCUCAUGGGACCAGGACCCAGAUGCCCCCGAACCGAUGCAGAGCAUGCACAUGGUCAACCAGCCUAUAGCUUCCGGCGCCACCGCCGCUGCUACUCAUGCCGACUCCGGCUCUGCCCCUCCCCCUCCGACGGGCACGGGAGCACCCUGGGCCCAGGCCACGAGGAUGCCGAAUGCGGCUUCUGGUUCAGGUCCGGGUAUUCCAUACUCUAGAGUCCCGCCCGGUCCGAUCUCGGGAUCCCUCGCGUCGAGACAGCCUUCUGCUGCUACGAAUAGAUCAUCGGGGGCAGGGUCAACCAAUGCACAGAUGUCGGUGACGAAAGCACCCUGGGCCAAAUGA